AUGACUUCUCCUCACAUGACACGAUCAGCCCAGCCUGGCCGCAUCCAGCGACCAACUCUUCGCAGAACAGCGCAGACGAUCAGCUCGAUCCGAACUAGAAUUUCACCAAAGAGCCCUUCAAAGCGAACAUUGGCUGAGGUAUCUGAGUCACCACAAAGUAAUCUUGUGGUACGAAAACGACGUUCUACCGAGAUUGACGAAGACAUGGAUUACUCGGAUGACGAUAAAGAAAAUAUAUCAAAACAUAACGAGGACCAGAUGAUGGCUUGGAAGACAGCACAAACCAAGCAGGAGAAGAGGCGGAGUGGUGGUCUGCUGAGUGAGAUACAGCCCCUCAGCCCCAUGAAGCGGCCUGAUUGUGCUAUGAGCAUUGACCAGCCCGACUUUGGAAGCCCCUCAGCCAAGAGAAGAAGUGUACACGGGCCCGUAAGCAUGGACUUCAGUAUCUUCGAGUCAGACAACACAAAAGAGGGUGACAAACGCGCCUUGGAUGACAACUGGUUCAGAAACAUUCCAAUGUCACCUUCGACCCGUUUCUCCACCAUACCCAAACGGUCUUCCUCGUUACGGAAAUCAACACUACAACAACGACAAGGUGAUCGCUCUUCUCCUCUACGAGGCAACAAUUUUUCAGAGCUACGACAGACUUGGGUGGACGGUACAAUGACUGCAAGGAAACCACCAAGGAUGUCGCUGGACCUGCCACCACCCCCAAGAGACUCGCCGUUUUCGAGUCAAGGAAGUUUACUCAAUGCUUCGAUACACCCUGUAGCAUUGGGUCAACAAAUCACCGUCCACGAUACUCAUGUCAGGCAUCCUCUUGCAAGGACGAUGACUCGAUCACCGUCAGGCACACCUGGGAUUCCCGACGAUUCUCCUACGCAUGAGCCGGCGAGGAGACCUGAUCGAGCUCGAUCUCAUGAUUUCUCCAAGUCGAUGCCAGUUGGUGCUCUUCGACCUCAACAGGAACAAGAGAGUCAAUCCACGCAGGACUCGUUCGCGACGCCUGCCGCCUAUAAAGCUGCCAAACCCCUUCCAGCAGCGUUCAUGUCGACUGGCUUAAUCUCAAAGAAGAACCGCAACGUCGAAGACGCUAUGCCAAAGGCUCAUAUGCCUGACACACCGUGCAAAAAACAGUCUUCGAUGUUUCCACCACCUCAAGGAAAGGUUAAGCCAGCCAAUGCUGCAGUCCGGAGCAUUCAGAAUUCCUUCGGCACCCCCAGGUCACCGUCUGAACCUGUCUUUGGCAUCACCAGAGCGACUCCAUUUCCGUGGGCAAAGAGCAACACCUUGUUUUCGACGCGAGCAAAGCAGAACCUUGCACGUAAAGCGAGCUUUGCUUCACUGGUCUCUAUCGACAACGACGAUAAACCACGUUCGGAAUCGCCAUCUGCUCAAGUCGAUAGUCAGUCGACCGAAGGAGGAUAUCCACCUACGCCUACAAAGGUAGAGACCCUGCACGAAGGGCGGUUCCCAUCUAUAUCACCAUCGCCUCAACACAUCCAGCCAAAGCCGGAUCCUUCGAUGUCGACCCACAUAUCGAAGUUCUCCAUCUGUAAGUUAUCUCCUAUUCAGGCAUCGCCUGGCAGUGUCGACGAGGACAAUGAUAGCGUGAUGGAAGAUUCUCCAUCUGCUAGAAUAAGGCCCAAGUCUCUGCUGAAGGUCAUGUCUUCCAAUCUUUCUUCUUUUGCCCAAGGACGCCGCUCGAGGCAGUUGGAUUCCCCGACACCGUUGUCGCGCAAGACCUUUCCCCCUACUCCCUUCACUCCACAAGAGAAGCAUGCUAAACUGGCCCGUUCUACAGUCACUCCAUACCUAAACGAGCUUGAUAGAUCCUCUCCCCAUACACCAUCUGAGAGCAUCUUCCCUCCUGAUCCGAGCACAUUGUCUAUUUCAGGUAAGCAGGAAAGACCGACAACGCGUAACGGCUACGAUUUUACGCCAUUCGUACCGGCCACACCUACAGGCCCUCGAGAGUAUUUCCCGAAUUUCUCGAACAGGCAGAGCCUAAACAUGAAUGCUCCGGAUAUCGCCGAUGUCGACGCCAUUCUAACCUCCAAGUUUGACAAGGUCGACUUGAUCGGAACUGGAGAGUUCUCUCAAGUUUACCGAGUAUCUGAACGACCACAGCCGUCGCCUUUUCACAAGUCCUUUUCCAGCAGUCGACCAUCGUCUCGCAGCUCUUUACCUGGGAAGGUUUGGGCAGUCAAGAAGUCGAGGCAUCCUUAUUCGGGACCCAAGGACAGGGCGAGAAAAGUGCAUGAGGUAGAUGUGUUGAAGACACUUGGCCAAGCUGACCACAUCAUUCAGUUCACUGAUAGCUGGGAGGACAAAGGUCAUCUGUACAUCCAGACUGAAUUUUGCGAGGAGGGGACACUCGACAAGUUCCUUCUCCAGGCCGGUUCCAAAGCAAGGCUUGACGACUUCCGCAUCUGGAAGAUACUCUUGGAGGUAUCACUAGGGUUGAAGCACAUUCACGAUAUGGGCUUUAUCCACCUCGAUCUCAAGCCUGCUAACAUCCUCAUCACAUUCGAGGGUGUCCUCAAGAUUGGCGAUUUUGGUAUGGCUACUAAGUGGCCUGCUAAAUCUGGCAUUGAGGGUGAAGGUGACCGCGAGUAUAUUGGCCCCGAGAUCCUCAUGGGCCGUUACGACAAACCUGCGGAUGUGUUCGCACUCGGUCUUAUCAUGCUAGAAAUCGCUGGCAAUGUCGAGCUGCCUGACAAUGGUACGUCAUGGCAAAAACUUCGAAGUGGGGAUAUGAGCGAUGUUCCCAGCUUGACGUGGAGUGAUGAAGACAGCAAUGUGCUCCGCGAUGCGUCAGGAAAUCCGCUUGACGAAGACCAGGAUCUCGAGAAUGACGAUACAAAUGUGAACCUUCACCAGGAUGAUAUCGUGGCAGAGCCGCGCACGAGUAAGAUGGCCUAUCUAGCUCGACAAGGCGAACUGCUCACUCCUCCGUCGUUCAUGGCGAAUCCAGCUGACGAUGAGGCACUCGACAAUAUAGUGAGGUGGAUGAUUUCGCCGAAUCCUGAUGAUCGGCCACACAUUGAUCGUGUGCUACAAGCCCAGGGUGUACAAUGGGUUGAGGGCCGACGAAGAGCAGGAGCGACAAUUUUUGAAGGCAAUUGGGGACCAGCUGAUGAUGUCCUUGCUGAGGAUGCGGAGAUGAUAGACGUUCGUCAGCACCGCAAACGCGCACCUGGCGACGAAGAAUUUGAUGACCGAUGGGGUGACCAAGAAGCCUCAGAAGAAGAGGAAGAAGAACAACAAGACACACCAGAAACAGACUUUCCAGAAUCCCAAGCAAAGAGACGUAAACUUUCAAACGGACACGCCGCAGUCCCCAGCAGAAGGGAGAAGUCUCCCAGUCCACCCUCCCCUCCCCACCGCAACGAAACAGCAGAAGCCAAAGACAAGCGCGAACGAGAUGAAUUCGCACGCCGCCUCGCCGACCGCGAAAAAGACAAAGCGAAAAAGAACAUUACGCACGCACGCGAUGCCGCUGCUACAGAACGAGCACGUCUCGCAGACGACAGGGAGGCUCGAGAAGCUGCUCUCGACGAUCUACGACUGCGUUCACGACAAGAUUACCUGAAGAAACGGGAGACUGAACGGCUCGCUCUGCUGCGGAAACAAGUCGCUGAUGAGCAACGGGAACUCCGCGAGAAUCCCGAGGAACUGACGGAGCGCGAGAAGAGGGAUUUUGCGCAGAAUUUGGAGGUGUUGAGGAUCGCGGAGGCGAAGAAUGCGAUUGAUGAAGGGAGGGAUGGGUAUGCGAUGCCUGAGGAUUAUAUUACGGAGAAGGGAAAACUUGACAGGAAGAAGAAGGAGGAUGCGCUUUAUAGUCGGUAUGCGAACAAGGAUGAACAUGGACGAGAGAAGUAUGUCAGUGAGCAUGAUGAGUGGGAGCAAGAAGCCCUCCGGCGCGCGAAGGCAACGAGUCAUCUGGUUGGUGUGGCGGGCAUCAAGGAUCAGGUUGGGGAUUUUGAGAAUUACGAUUAUGUGUUUGAUGAGAGUCAGAGGUUGAAUUUUUUGAUGAGUGAGACGUUGGGAGGGGAUAGGGAGGUUAUGAGUAAGGAGAAGAGGGAUAUGAUGGAACGGAUAUCGGCGGCUGAGGCCAAGGCGAAGACUAUGGAGGAGACGAGGAAGAGUUUGCCGAUUUAUCAGUUUCGUGAUCAGAUUAUACAGGCUGUCAAAGAUUUUCAGGUUCUGAUUAUUGUGGGGGAGACUGGUUCGGGGAAGACUACGCAAUUGCCGCAAUAUUUGCAUGAGGCUGGAUUUACGGAUGGCGGUAUGAAGAUUGGGUGUACUCAGCCUAGGCGAGUUGCUGCAAUGAGUGUUGCGGCUCGUGUUGCGGAGGAAAUGGGCAAGAGAUUGGGCAACGAAGUUGGGUACGCUAUCAGAUUCGAGGAUAACACGAGCGACAAGACCAUAUUGAAGUAUAUGACCGAUGGUAUGCUUCUUAGAGAACUCCUGACCGACCCCGAGCUAGCACAAUACUCUGCCCUCAUGAUCGACGAAGCUCACGAGCGCACAGUACAGACGGAUAUCGCUAUGGGUUUGCUCAAAGAUAUCUCAAAAGCCAGACCCGAUCUCAAAUUAUUGAUCUCUUCAGCUACCAUGGACGCCGUCAAAUUCCAAAAAUAUUUCGAUAAUGCCCCCAUCUUCAAUAUUCCUGGUCGACGAUAUUCAGUUGAUGUACACUAUACAGCACAACCUGAGGCGAAUUACCUGGCGGCAGCUAUCACGACAGUGUUCCAAAUACACAUCACGCAGGGGGCGGGUGACAUAUUAGUCUUCUUGACAGGUCAGGAGGAGAUCGAGGCCAUGGAAGCGAACUUGCAGGAAACAGCACGGAAGCUAGGCAAUAAAGUCAGAGAGAUGAUUAUCUGUCCUAUUUACGCCAAUCUUCCGACGGAGCUCCAAGCGAAGAUAUUCGAGCCUACGCCUCCGAAUGCCAGAAAGGUUGUGCUAGCUACGAAUAUCGCGGAGACGUCGCUUACUAUUGAUGGUAUUGUGUAUGUCAUUGAUCCUGGGUUCGUUAAGGAGAAUCAGUUCAAUGCUAGGACUGGUAUGGAGUCUCUUGUUGUGGUACCUUGCAGUCGGGCUUCUGCUGGUCAGAGAGCCGGUCGUGCCGGUCGUGUUGGACCCGGGAAGUGUUUUCGCCUAUACACAUCUCAAGCUUACAAGAACGAAUUGGAGCCUAAUACGACGCCUGAGAUCCAGCGUACUAAUAUCACGAGUAUGAUCCUUCUCCUCAAGUCGCUGGGCAUCAACGACCUGCUCGACUUCGAUUUCAUGGACCCACCACCUACUGACACUAUCGUCCGCGCUGUCGAGCUUCUUUACGCACUUGGAGCUCUGAAUAAUGCCGGUGAACUUACCAAGAUUGGCCGUCAAAUGGCCGAAAUCCCCGACGACCCCAUGGUAGCCCGCUGCCUUCUCGCAGCAGACAAAUACGGCUGCGUCGAAGAGAUCCUCAGCGUCAUCGCCAUGUUAGGCGAGUCCUCAUCCCUCUUCUUCCGUCCCAAGGACAAAAAAGUCCACGCCGACGCCGCACGCAAUCGCUUCACCAACAAAGAUGGCGGCGACCACCUCAGUCUCCUCAAUAUCUGGAACGAAUUCGUCCAAUCAGACUACUCCAUGAUCUGGGCGAAGGAGAACUUCCUCCAAUAUCGCUCUCUCACCCGAGCCCGCGAUGUCCGCGACCAACUUGCCCGCCUCUGCGACCGCAUCGAAGUCGAUGCGACAAAGUCCUGCGGCACCAACAAUGCCGAGCCCAUUCUCAAAGCUCUGUUGUCAGGAUACUUCCCUAACACAGCACGUCUCCAGCGCGACGGACAGAGUUACCGCACACUCAAAUCUGGGAGUCAGAUCGUGUAUAUCCAUCCCAGCAGCACGAUGAUCGAAACGAGGCCGAAGUAUGUCAGUUACUUUGAGUGUGUGUUGACGAGUAAGGAGUAUAUGAGGAAUGCGAUGCCGAUCAAGCCGGAGUGGUUGAUGGAGAUUGCGCCGCAUUAUUUCAAGAAGAAGGAUGUUGAGGCGCUGGGAAUGGAGAGGAAGGUGCCGAGGGGGGAGGGGAAGGCUACAGGCGGGAAGUUGUGA